AUGAAAAGAAUACCUGCAGCUAAACCAAGAAUUCUUUUCUGUCUGUUGGCACCAGACAGUGUCAUUUUGCUACCUCCCGUCUAUUUCUCUCUCUCUCUCUCUCUCUCUCUCUCUCUCUCUCUCUCUCUCUCUCUCUCUCUGACUAUUAAUCCCGCAAUUGCAUUCUUGCGCUGCCCUGAUCUAUCUUCAUUUUCUUCAAAUAUCUCCAAAUUUCUUCAGAUUUCUUGCGCCUACCGUUCUCGCGUCUGCGUGGACAUUAUCGGCGUCUUCAAAACUCCUCAAAUUCUUUCAGCAUUCUUGCGUCUCCGUGGUCUUUCUCUAAUUCCUUUAAAUACCACUAAAUUUCUGCAGCAUUCUUCCGACGUGUUUUUUUUUUCGAAUAUCUUCAGAUUUCUUCGGCAUUUUGACGUUUCUGUGAUCUAUAUUCCGUUUCUUCAAAUGUCGCCAAAUUUCUUCAGCAUUCUCGCGAUUCCGUGUUUUUUCUGCCCUUUCUUCAAAUAUCUCCAAAUUUCUUCGGCAUUCCUCCUCUUCGUGGAUAAUCUUCCGUUUCUUCAACUUCACCCAAGCGAUCUCUUGUGCCGUUUCCUCCUGUGCCAAUUCGUAUUAUACCGAACCCCAAAUUUCAUUUCCACAAUUUCAUUUGCUAUGUACUGCUGA